AUGAAUAACAGUAAUUCAAUUUGUAGAAUAUGCCUUCAAGAUGGGGCCACAUAUCCAAUUUUCGAAAAGUUUAAUCAAGACAUUCAGUCAAAAAUAUCAUUAUGUUUACAUGUAACUAUUGAAGAUAUAGAAGGAUAUCCUCGUGUGAUAUGUAAAAAUUGUAAUGAAACACUUGACAAUCUUUAUAAUUUUAUUAAUAAAUUCAAGGAAAAUUGCGAGAUACUACGAAAUGGAUUGCUUAAUGUCAAACAAGAAGAGAUCUCGUUAGAAAGUAGUAUAUUCCUAGGAGAAGAAAAUGAAACAGACUAUGAAUAUGAAUGUAUGGAUCAUUUCGAAAAUUUAAAAAUAAUUGGUGUCAAAACUGAACCAACAGUUGAUUUAAAGCCCAAUACAAAUGACCAAACUAAAUCAAACAUAUCACAAGUUAAAGUUAAAAGAAAAAUUCAAGUAGAAAAAGAAAAUGUUAGGGAAAAAGUCUAUAAAAGAAAACUUCGUAAAAAUAAAACCAACAGAAUAGCAACAUCUAUUUUAGAAGGUGAAUUUACAUGGACUGGAGAAGAGUGGUGUUUGAGUGCAAACAAAAUUGUACUUCCAACCCAACAGACUGUAAGGCAACUGCAAAAAGUAGUAAAAACAAAAUUGCCUAAAGUAAAGAAGCAACCUCCACCUAAAUUAUGUGAUCUUUGUGGUGAAGUUUUUAAAGACCAAGAUAAGCUAUCGGUGCACAAGAAAAAAGUGCAUUUCAAAAAUCCUGUCAAGUGUCCAAAAUGUCCCCGGUUUUGUGCCUCUGAGUAUUAUUUGAAGAGGCACAUGAUGCGAAAACAUGAGAAUAAGAAACCUUUUAUUUGUGCAUCUUGUGGAAGAGGAUUUGCAUUUAAAGGAGAAUUAACAAGUCAUUACAGAAAUGUUCAUAACAAGAAUUUAAAACCUAAGAAAAUAUUUGCCUGCAAGAUUUGUAACAAAACUUAUAAGUGUGCUAAAUCAGUCACUGUGCAUGAGAGAUCUGUACACACAGGUGAUCGACCAGCAGUAUGUUCAGUAUGUGGUACUAGUUUCUUUCAUGAAGAUUACCUCAAAGAGCAUAUGAGACUCCACACUGGUGAAACUCCAUUCAAAUGCCCCAUUUGUGGACGGGGUUACGCUCAACGGUGCAAUAUGAAGAGUCAUCUAAGAAUACACAGAGCAUCAGAGUUAGAUGCAGCUACUUUAAGUAAGCUAAAACCAAAUUAUUUAAAAUUGCUUAAGGUAUAA